AGACAGACAGACAGAACUGCUUGUCAGUUUCCAUGAAACAAUUGAAAUUUAAGGACUUCAGCAAUUUUGGGCAUCUUUUUCUUAUGAGGAUUUUCUUCUAACAUUUCGUUUGAUUUUGGCCAAAAAAAUUCACAAAAACAACGUGUUUUUGUUGUGCGUGCGUGUGUGUGUGUGUGUGUGCGUCUGUUUGGCAGCUAGACAAAGGUAUUGUAACACUUUGUCUUCAAAUCGGAAAAUUAGUUUCUGACGAAACGUUAAUGUGAACACAUCACAAAUAGUGUCGCUUAUCAAAACGAUAACAACGUAACGUAAUGCCACAAAUAUGUCCACAAACAAACUGCAAUGAAAACAAGUUGAAAAAAAAAAAACAAAAACGCAAAUAGAAACGAAAGACAAAAAUAAUAACAAAAAGAAAUAAUUAUUCAAAAAUGAGCUAAAAAUCCCUUUCAACCUAAAUACGCUAGCAAAUAUAACUAAAAUUUGGGGAAAGACAAAAGUUUGAAAAUAUUCUCUCAUACUAAUUACAAAAGUGUACCAAAGAAAAAUACUUUAAAAUUUUUGUUAAGAAAUCAAAACAGAACAUCAUUUUGUUCUAGAAUUUUUUUUAAAAAAGAAACAUUUUUCUAUAGUGAAAAUGGUUAUGUCAGAGCUACGUUGGCAUUCGACAACACCGGAGGAUAAUAAUAAUUCACUGAAACGUGAUUUAUUAAAAACACCCACAACCACACAUCAUCACAUAAUGCAGAAUCGAUAUAUCACCCGUUUAUCUCGAUCUCCAUCUCCUAUGCAAUCAAAUGGCUCCGAUUGUGAUGACAACAAUUCUAGUGCGGACCACUCAAGUGACCGUUGUCGCUCACCUGAAAGUCCUUCGAUGGAUCUCUCACACCCAGCAGUGAAACGACGUCAAGUGUCCGCCUUUCAGCCUCAUCCUUUGCAUGCCCUACAACAUCACCAUCAUCAGCAUCUUCAACACCAUGCCAUGACUUCACCUCCCCUUUCGGCCCACUCACCCAAACUUAUGAAAACCCAUGUGAAUCAUCAUCAAGAGCGAGAGGAGGAAGAGGAGGGAGCUUUAAAUUUAACCAGCGAAAACUCCCGCCAUAGUUCACAAUCUCCUCCUUUGUCUUUGAAAUCGGUGAAACCCUCCAGCAAUGGUCAACCAACAGCAAUACCAACUACUAUGCCCUCCACCUCCACACCUUUGGCUUUGCCUCCAUUAACCCAAAGUCCUUUGGCUGCAUUACCGCCCGGUCUGGGCUCACCUCAGGCCCAAUUGGCAGCAGCCGCUGGCUUGGGUUUGGCUAACCCUCUAUUGCCCCAGGCGGCCAUGGGUGUUGCCCCCCUAUCCUCGCAGGACUUUUCGCAAUUUCAUCAAGUUUUACAGCAACAACAACAGGCUUUGCAACAUCAAUUUCAAAAUUAUUUGGAUAUAUUGCGCAGCGGUUCUUUGGGUGGCCUAGGAGCCUCCGAUGAUCCUUCGGUGGCAGCUCAAGUGGCCACCGCUCAGUUUUUAUUGCAAAGACAAGCUCUGACACAGGCCGCUCAACAAUUGCAGGCCUUGCAAAAGCAACAGGAAAUGCAGCAGCAGGAACACCAACAAAAGCAACAACAAACACCUUUGGUGGUAAAAACUGAACCUGAGCAAAUGUUAUCACAUCACCUUCAUCAGCAUCAUCAGCAUCAUCAGCAUCAUCAUCAACAUCAUCAUCAUAAUCCCUACGAACAGCCCUUGCAUUUAAAAACUCCACAUCAUUCUUCAACACCUUUGCAACGCAGUCCUCUGCAAAGUCCCGCCACCUCACCUCUGCCCAUUUAUGGCACCACCAGUUCCAGUAGUCAUCAUAUGUUGCAUAACUCACAACAUACCCCACCUCCCUCAGGUUCUUCGGCAAGCCUAAAAGUUAGCGGCCUAUUGACCCCCAAUACCCCCAGUGGACCACAGACACCUCAAUUACCCAAAACCAUGGCAGCUGCAACUAGAGCUCCUGAGGCUUCACCAGAAGAGACUACUGACCUGGAGGAAUUGGAACAAUUUGCCAAGACCUUCAAGCAAAGGCGCAUCAAGCUGGGCUUCACUCAAGGCGAUGUGGGCUUGGCCAUGGGCAAGUUAUAUGGCAAUGAUUUCUCACAAACCACCAUUUCAAGAUUUGAGGCUUUGAAUUUGAGCUUUAAGAAUAUGUGCAAGUUGAAACCGUUGCUGCAGAAAUGGUUGGAUGAUGCCGAUAGGACGAUACAGGCUACAGGAGGAAUCUUUGAUCCUGCCGCUUUACAAACCACUGUUACCACUCCUGAAAUAAUGGGUCGCCGACGCAAGAAACGUACCUCAAUUGAAACUUCGAUACGAGGAGCUUUGGAAAAAUCAUUCAUGAUGAAUCAGAAGCCAACGAGCGAGGAAAUUACACAACUAGCUGAUCGUCUGUGCAUGGAGAAAGAAGUGGUGCGCGUUUGGUUCUGUAAUCGACGUCAAAAAGAGAAACGCAUCAACCCCUCACUGGAUAGUCCAGAUAAUGGAGAUGAAUCACCCUAUAUGAUGAUGUAAAUGGACAAAGGCAGAACAUAAGAUGAUGGUCAAAGGGCUAUCUGCGGGCAUUGAGGCAAUCGAAUUUCUUUUCAAAACAAAAUAAUAUGUAACAAGAUGUGUGUGAAAAUAGUCUCCCGGAAACAUGGUUUCUGAGAUUUAACAUAGGAAAAUAAAGCAUCACACUCUUCAAAUAUAUCACAAUUUCCUUUAAUAGUUGAUCUAAGAAAAAACGAUCCUUCUCCUACGGUAUAUAGUAUUCCAAAGUGUUACAGUCGAAUAGGAAACUUUAAGGAACACUUUUGUAAUGAAUGAAACUCUUCUACGACAUUCUUUUGUAUCCAAAUGUUGCUAAGUAUUAAUGAAAUCGAAAUAUUUAUAUACGUAUGUGUGUAUUUGUGUAAGACGAAAAGAUGUUGAAUAUUGGAAAAAAAGCUACAAAACAUUGUUUGAUUAGGAAAAAAAAACGCUAAAACAUUUAACUUUGUUUUUUGUUCAUUAAUAAAGAAACAAUUUAAGAACGAAAAUUAGAUGUUAAGUUUGGAUUAAAAAAAACAAAUUAUAAAGAAUUUAAGAAAAAUAACUAUGAAUUUAAUACAAACACACACACACACAAAAUUCCAUCACCUAACAAAUAGUUGUAAGCAAUAAGCUAGGCAUAGAAGAAUUUUUAUUUUGAAUUAUUAUUUUUUAUUUGUAUUAAAUUUAUUUAGAAGAAACCAAAUUGAAGAAACCCCUCCAAACAGUUCCUACUAAUAUUACCCUAAAUUAUGGAUGAUAUUACUAUUGAAUUGUUGCCAAAAAUCUCCAACAUCUCUUAUCACAAUAUCUAAGUAAACCUUCCGUUUGUUUGGGAAAGUCACAAAACUCACAGACAAAGGGAAGAUACAUCCUCUUAUUUGUAUGUCUUCAAAGAACAACUCUAAAUUCAUCUAUAGGUCUUAGUUAAAUGGCAUAUUUAAAAAAAAAAUCUAUAAUAAGAAAACAAAUAAAUAAUUGUAAAAAAAAAUGUUUUUAGAUUUAAAUAUAUUUAUUUAAAUAAAUAUUUACUGUGAUAAUAAUUUGUAAUGUUUUAAAUGUUUCUAGCUGUUAAGUGUAUCAAUCAACUGUAAAGUAAAAUGAAAAUCCAUACAACACACAACAAAUCUUUACUACUAAUUCU